UAACAUUCUCGUCAUGGAAUCGCAGGGCUUCUUUGUUUCAGGCAUGCGCAGUAAAUGUCACGUUCGGGCGCCUUCCUUCGUCGCGGUAGCCAUUUUCGGUGUGAAUCGGAUUUACUCGGUGGUUUCCGUGAGCGGGGGCUGAAUCCCAUCCGGAGUGCUCGGGAGUUUCCGGAGACCAUCGGGUCUUUUCGUUGUAUACAUUUUACUUCGCGUUCCGGAAAGGGUGUUCGGGUGUUACCGAGGUCUAAGUUUCGUGUCUUUCCGGAAUUGGGUUCGGUUGUUUCCGGAUGCAUGGAUGAAACUCAAGCCUCCCGACUUGGUUUAUCAGAAGCAGCGGCGGCAGUGGCUGCUGUAGCGGCGGCUGUACGAGAUGGACCGGAGGUAACUUCGGUCACUGUCAUGACUGGGCCUGAUGGUAGAAAUGCAACGGGGAAUGGGUAUACAGAAGUCACAGUGUCCAGCGUUGGCGCCCCGGGAGAGAACGUUUUCACCACUUCGGUGGCGAGUACAGCCUCCCUGUCAGAUCAUGUGCUUGCGGAGAGGGCUUCCCUUCAGAUUGGAGAUAGCCUGAGCACAGAGAAAGCUACGCUGAUUGUGGUACACACUGAUGGCAGCAUCAUGGACGCCCAGAACAUUAAAGUGCCAGCAGCCUCCAUGACACCAGGCUCAGACAGGUCUUCCACCUCGCCGUCCCCAGGACCAGAGAAAGAUGGCACGAAAUACAACUGGGAUCCAUCGGUAUAUGACAAUGAAUUACCUGUGAGGUGUCGUAAUAUCAGUGGCAUCCUGUACAAGAACCGUUUAGGAUCAGGGGGUCGAGGACGCUGCGUGAAGCAUGCUGAUGGGUGGUACACCCCUACUGAGUUUGAAGCCAUUGCAGGCAGAGCAAGCAGCAAAGACUGGAAGAGAAGUAUCCGUUAUGCAGGAAGACCCCUGCAGUGUCUUAUCCAGGAUGGCCUGCUUACCCCUCAUGCUGCCUCCUGUACCUGUGCGGCCUGCUGUGAUGACCUCAGCCUGAGCGGCCCCGUCCGUCUUUUUAUUCCUUACAAGCGUCGGAAAAAGGAAGGAGAGAUGUCGUCCGUCUCAGUCAAAAAAGACCAAACUAAGAACAUCAGCCUCCUUCCUGCAACAGCAGAAGCCACUUUUACUGUGUCCUCAUCCGGACAGAUCACAGCCACAGACUCGUUGGCCUUUGAAAGAGAAGCCGCUGCUGAAGCGACUACCAUCCUGACGGAUAGCCCUACGCAGGGAGAUGUCUACACCGGAGCAGCAGUGUUGUCCUCACUUCCAGCGCUGGCACUAGCACCCAGUAUUCCCACAAAAGAGGCCUCAUCUGGAGUGGUAAAUGGGUUGGAGGUAUCAGAGCAACAGAGACCUUGGCUGUAUUUGGAAGAGAUGGUGAAUUCUUUGCUCAGUACUGCACAGCAGCUGAAAGCCUACGUGGAGCAGGCCAAAAACGAGGCAGCAGCCGCCGCUGAGAGGAAGGAGUUCCCCAGUCAUCUCUUCCAGCAGACAGAGGACAUGGAUGGCAAACACGAAAUUUUACUUCGGCAAUCCUGCGUUAAUUGCGGCAGAGAAGCUCUUAACGAAUGCACUGGCUGCCACAAAGUCAAUUACUGCUCCAUCUUCUGCCAGCGUAAGGACUGGAAGGAUCACCAGCACCUUUGUGGCCAGACAUCCACCCUGUCAGUCCAUGCCGAUGAUGUUCACGUUACAGAGAAGGAGCCAGUCUGAUCUUCCUAUGUUCUGACAAUGUCUUCCUUUUUUAGACCAAGCACAAUGACGUGGACAUUCUAGAAAGAUUUGUAGAUAAGACUUAAUUUUAGUUUUUUAAUAAUUGUCUGAGAGGAUCACUAGUGAGACAGAAGGAGAACCUGACAGUAUUUGAAUUGGGUUAUUUAUAUUAUUUGUAUAAUUUGUAAAUUAUAUGGCAUUUUAAAGACUUGAACAUAAUGGUAAUAAUAUACUAUUGACAAUGAAUUAUCUUGUGUUCUGAUUCCACAUGUUAUGUACUUUUAUCAGGUAGGCUGGGAUACUUCUGAUGUGCCUGUAGAGGUCAUUUGGCUAGAUAUAUGCCAAAAGAGAGAGACAUUUUAAAUGUAGUAGUGUCAGAGGUGGACACAGAAUGUAGAGGCCAAACAUGAAGUGAACAUAGUCUUCCUCUUGUUGGCUUUAUUGUAACAUUUAUGUUGUUUGGAUUAUGAAUUAUAACUUUCACUGAAUGCCAAAGACAAAGUUGAUGCAGAUAUGAAGCAACAAAGACAACUCCAUAAUGCAGAUCUCCAGUCUCCUGCGCUGGAGAUUUGCUGGUUCCUACAUUUUAAAAGGCAGAGCUUUAUUGUAUAUGGGAAAAAACACUUAAAACAUGUAAUUGCCUUGUAAAAUCACCAGGUUUACCGUCAUCCCUAGCGUAGUGCCCUGGAGUAGGUGGGUAGAGCAUUUGAAUGACUUACCCGUUUACAAGAAUGUGCUGAUUCUUGAAUUAGGAGCUAGAAGAGUCUGUUGAAAGACUACUACCACAACCUGCCUAUGGGUGGAUAUAGUAGCGUGCUCCAGAAUUAUUGCUUUUUAUUUGGGAUGUGCCUCCCAGUAAUAUAUUUGGUUUGUGAGAUGUGUGUGUCUAGGAUGCUGCAUACUUCACUAGCUCCUGUGUAUCAGCACAGUUUCAGACUCCCUUGUGUGUGUGCUUUACUGACUAUUUGCAGCCUAUGUGAGCUGUGCUGCUUGGGAGUCUUUGUCCCCUCUCCACACUCUGAUUGGUCAUUUACAACCCCCCCCCCCCCCCCCUCCAUUACUAUCUCUUCAAUUGAGAGAAGGGAGGGGGAAAGCAAAGACGAUAGUGAGAAACAGAGGCAGAGCUGUGACUGAUUACACACACUUAGAGUAAAAAAAAAUGGUAUUACAUUUUUAAUGAAGGCUUUAAAAGUUGUUUAAAUUGACACUGUUACCACAUACCUGUAUAGCAAUCCCAAUAAAUUGUUAGAUGUGUGCUUUUCUCCUGAGCAAAACGCCCCAAUUGGUGCUCGCAUUCCAGAUAAAUUAUUGCAUUUUCUGGUAUGCAAAUUAACUGCAAUGAAGGCAUCAACGUUGCACUGAAAGCCACGCCCCUCAUCAGCUUUGAGUGACGGCGGGCCAGGCAUCAGCGAUGUAAUCUCGCCUGGCCUUGUACUCUGGCACCUGCACAUUUGCCCCCUGGGAUUGGCGCACACAGAGUACAGGCCUGCCUGUGCCGAUUCCCAAGACAAUUGCACAGACGUGGAAGUACAGGGCCAGGCAAGAUUAAGACUGUCUUGCCCUGUCACUCAAAGCUGGGGGAGAGGGGUGGGCAUCAAGAAAAGGGCGUGGCUUUCAGUGCAAUUAAUUUGCAUAUUAGAAAAAGAAGAAUUUCUCCAGAAUGUGGUCACUAAUCUGAAUGGGAGAAAGAGCAUUUUACCAAACAGACCCGCACGGAUAUGUAGCAAAUCAUUUGGAGAGAUAUUCAGAUACGUGGUGACAGAUUCACUUUAAUUUUGCAUUUAGUAAGCAAGGACUAUUCAAAACAAUCAGUGCUUAUAUAGCCUAAUAACUAUAUAUCGCACUGCCAUAGGAUAAAUGAUCCUAUAGAUACUAGGAAAUAUAUAUAUAUAUAUAUAUAUAUAUAUAUAUAUACAUUUUAUUUGUCCAUAAUACAUUGUGGUUUAUAUUCAUGUGUGGCAUACAUGGCCUGGAUCAUCUUUCCAUUGCAAAACUGCUUUGAUACCUUGCUGGUAGAGAUAAUAAUGUGGGUCAUAGCGUGUGGAUUAUUAGAAUAUUUCCCAAAGCAUUCAUUUGAUUUUGCAGAAAGCAGUUAUUUUAUAUACAAUUUCAAUAAACUGUCAUACUGCA